AUGGAUUAAAUCACAGUAUAAAAUCUAAAAUGCGAAAAGCAUAGGAAUAAACACCUUCAAUUUAUCUAGGUUAAUGAUCUUCUUAAUGAAUCAUAAACGGAUAAACCUCUUUUCUAGUGCUCUUCUUGUUUUAAUCAUGAUCUUUAGUUUAAAGCAAUUAAUUAUCUCAUGAUUGAUUAAAUCAUCUAAGAAGCAGAAAACACUAUCAUCCCUAAAUGGCCACCUGUUAAUGACUACUAAGUCAUUACGAAUCUCAUCAAUCUCACUUCAAAUCAAUCCUAAUUAAAUUAUGUAAAACAAAUCACAGAUUUUUUUAAUUAAUUCAAAGAAGAGUUUGUCGCAAAAAUAGACAUCAUACAAAAAAAAAUGAUAAACGAAACACUUAAAUACCCUAUUGAUAACUAGUAAAUAAUAUAAAAAUAUUAAGAAAUUUCAAGCAUUCUAGAGUUCAAGCAACUUCUUAGCAACUAAUAAACAAAUAACCUGUAAUAGCAUUCUACUCUUUGCAGAGAAUUCAUCAAAUAAAAAGAAUCUUAAAAAGAUCAAAAUACUGAUUUAUUGAAAAAUCUUUUUAUUCAAGCUAACUAAGUAUAAUCUAAUUUCAAUUUAGAGUAUCCAAAAAUCAUCAAAUAAUAAUUAUUCACUUUAAUAGAUAACAUUUCGUUCUUUAAUCAAGAUAUUGAAAAAAUAAGAUAAAAUAAAAGCUACUCUAAUAUUCAAUUAGAUAAUAUUAACAAUUUAAAUAAUCAUGAUUCAUUUAAAUUGUCAUCAGAUUUUUUAGUUAAGCUCAUUUCGAAUAAAUCAAAUUUUUGUUCAGAAUAAUUCUUAAACGAAUUGAAUUCCACUCUUUAAACUCUAAAUCCUUUUCUUUAACAGCUUAAAUUUGAUUCAAUAUUUAAAGAAAAUAAACAACCAAUAGAUUUUUCUAAGAUUAGUGAUUAGAAUCUUGGUAAAAUAGAAGAUUAUGUAAAACAUUAAAUUAAUUUAGCAUCAGAUUAGUAAUAUGUAAACUAAAUCAAGAAUAGCUUAGAAAUCAAAUAAAUAAACUUGGUUAUGAAUUCUAAAGUGAAUUUCUUAAAAAGAGAAUUCACACAGUAGUUUGAAAAUUUUUUAAUUGAUAUCAAACCCUUCUUAAAAUAGAUAAAUUUCACAGAAAUUUUUUCUGAUUAAAAUAAAUUUGACUUAUUUAGAAAUCUGUAAGAUGAAACAGUAAAUUAAUUGUCUUAGAAUAAUUUACUUAUUUAGUAAAAUUUUGAACUAAUUUCAACAAAUUACAAAAAUGGAUAAUUAAACUGUUUAGUUAAAAAAAAAGAGAAUGGUGAGUAUGAGAUUGAAAAGUUAAAUGAAGAUAAUUGGAUUAAUUGUAUUUCAAACAUAAAUUUAGAAAAAAAUUUAAAGUAUAUUUUUAGGAUAUAAGUUGGAAGUAUUAAUGAGGAAAAUAAUAUUAUUAUAGGUCUUAUGAGAUUUUAAAAUUCUAAUUUAAAUGAUGGGUAUUAAGAAUAUUUAUGCUGUCCUUUAAAAAAUAGAAAUAAUUUUUUUAUUAAAUUUUGUGAAUUUGGUAUUGAUAAAAGAUUAAAAGGAGAUGAAUUUAAGAUAAAAAAAGAAAAUAUUAUAGAAAUGAGGGUUCAUUUAAGAGAGUAAAUAUUAGAAGUACUAGAUUAUCCUAAUUAUUAAUAUAAGCUAGGAUUAUAAGAUCAAUAUAAAUCAAAACUUACAUAAUAUGAUGAUCUUAGAUUAUAUCUUGGUAUUUUUUAUAAAGGAAGCAAAAUAAUUUUAAAAGAUGCAAAAAUAGUGAAUUAAUUUAUAGAAUGA